AUGACGCUCUAUAUAGAAAACAAGCCUAAGGCUUGUUCUCUGGAAGGAGUAUAUGGUCUUAUUUAUUCCUCUAGUUCUCCAGAAAAAUAUGUGCUUCCAUGUGUCGCUGGUUCUACAGAAGGCAAAUAUGUGUCUAACGUUCCUGGUUCUUCAGCAGAAGAAUAUGCGUUUAUUAGUGCUAGUUCCUCAGAAGAAGAAUACGUGUCUAACAUAGCUAGUUCUCCAGUAGAAGAAUAUGUACUUAACUUAGCUGGUUCUUCAGUAGGAGAAUAUAUGUCUAAUGUCGCUAGUUUUUCAGAUAAAGAAAAUGUGUUUACUAUUACCAGUUAUCUAGAAGGAGAAUAUAUGUUUAAUGUUGCUAGUUCUUUAGAAGAAGACAUGUCUGUUGUCACGGGUUUUUUAGGAGAAUAUGUGUUUACUGCUGCCGGUUCUUCAGAAUAUGUGUCUGCUGCUGUUGGUUCUCCAGAAGAAGAAUACGUGUCCGACAUUGCUGGUUCUUUAGAAGAAUCUUCUACCACUGGUUUUCCAGAUGAAAAAUAUGUGUCUAAUGCUUCCGAAAAUGAACAUUCCGCUUUAUACUCUGAAAAAAGAUUUACAUUAUGGGAAAUCUGUGAAAAUUUUAUUAAUGAUUGGGCUAAAAGAUGUGGUUUUUAUUUAAUUAAGGAUCAAGUUACUUGUGAGGAUGGUAUUAUUCGCCGACGAACUUAUUUAUGCAAUCACAGUAGGUCAUAUGAAUCUACUUCGGAGAAAGAUACUAGUAUACAAAAAAUGCGAUGCCAAUUUUUGAUUAAUGUAUCUUGUCCUAAGACCAACAAUCCUGAUAAGACUAUAAUUGUUAAUAAAAUAGUUAACGAACAUAAUCAUAUAUUGAAUUGUGAUGCAAUUGAAUUUAGGGAUGAAAAAAAAUUUACAGACAAGAUGAUUGAAAAUGUGAAAUUUAUGACUGUGUGUUGUAAAUUUGGUGCGACAGUACAAAGAAAGUUUCUUGAAGGAAAAUAUCUUUCACAACAAAUUUAUUCGAAUGAUCUCUAUGCUGUUAUCCAAAAAUUUAAGCCUACUAACAAAUUUUUAUUUGAUGAUGCAUCGAGAAUUUUUAACUGGCUUGAUCAAAAAAAAAGUGAUGAUACACGCUGGGUUAUAGCUAGAGACUGUGUACUCAAUAAUGUUACAUAUAAAACUAAUAAAUAUGGCAUGGCGUUGUCGUUAUUUGUUGGUUUUGAUAAUGACCGUCAUAACGUUUUACUUGCACAAGCACUUUUAAUUGAUGAAAGUUAUGAAUCUCACAAAUGGGUGUUUCUUAAGAUUAUUGAAGCAACCAAGGUUCAACCUAAAGUAAUAUUAACAGAUACAGAUCUGGCCGUUGAUGCGGCUAUUCGACAA